AUGUAUAUUUUAUCUUUGGCCAUCGCUCUGGUGCCUUUGGCAGUACACACCUCAGCCAGUUUCUUAUCUGUAUUAGCCAGCCGUCCCGAACCCUCCCAGUUCAACGCAUAUUUGUCUCAGUUUCCCCGGCUUACAACUACCAUCAGCACUGUGGACAAUGCAACUCUUCUCAUACCUUCGAACACCGCAUUUACAAAAUGGCUUCAGAACACUGUUCCACCCCUCACAGCAUCUGAUAUUGAAAAUACACUUAAUUAUCAUAUCAUUCACGGCACAUUUCCGGUAGCCUCAUUUACGAACACUGCGCAAUUCGUACCUUCGUUUCUGACCAAUACUUCAUACUCGAACGUAACGGAAGGUCUUCUAGUUGGAUUGAUCAACAUUGAUGGAAAUCCACAGAUCCGAUCAGGCCUAGGCACCAACAGCUCUAUAGUCACACCUGAUCUUAUAGCAAACGGAGGAUUAAUCCACAUUCUUGAUUCAGUUCUUCGGCUGCCUCAGUCCCAAUCCACGACCGCUGCAGCAUUAAACCUGAGCUUCUAUACUGCCAUCCUCCAGGUCGGUAACUUUUUGAGUAACGAAGAGAUCAAUUUCACCGACGCCAUCGUCGAGCUCCCGGACGUGACAUACUUCUUUCCCAACACGGCGGGUGCGCUCGCGAUGUUCAAAAGCAUGUCCUCGGCGUUAACACAUCAGCAACGGGAUGCCAUGUUGGAAUAUCACGUUGUGACAGGGUUUGUUGGCGUGUCAUCGGACCUUACAAAUAUGGAGGUCAUACGUACUGUCCAAGGAAGCAAUUUGACAAUCUUUGUUGGACCGGACGGUUCGAAGUUUGUGAAUAACGUGAAGAUAAUCGCUACAGACUACUUAAUUAAUAAUGGCGUUCUACAUACUAUUGAUGGACUCCUAAAUCCAAAUAAUAUUACCGCACCUGUUUUCAGCUAUUCACCAUUGCCCGUUUCAAGGGGAGCCUUAACUGGAAUUGUCAUAGGAGGGGUGGUCAUUGUCUUCUCCAUUUCCGCAGCCAUGUCGUUAUACAUCAGAAGACGAAAACGACGUCCGACGGCUCGAGCCUUUUCAAAUCUUGAACCUACACCAACCGAGGACACUACUCAUACUCAGUCGAUAAGCGGGCCAUUAUACGAGCUGGAGCCGCAUGAAAAAGGUGUCAUUGAGUUGGUCUAUGACCCCAGCGCCCAUUUACCCGAACUAGCGGCAGUGAAGAUGAGAGCGGAACCAAUGGUCUAUCGGGACCCUGUUACUCAGAAGUGGACACCGAUAAAUCUGCCGGUGGGGAUGUAAAUGUCAUUUACUGUUAUGGUUGUCAUAGAACUGGUGGUAUUGGGCGCUUGCGGUAUUUCCUGGAUAGGGAAAGUACAUGAUUAAUCCUUUUCCCCAGAAGUAUUAGAUGUAUGGUCAUAUGAUUUAU